CGUUAAUUAGCGUUAGCCACAAACGGAAGCACAACCUUUGUCACCACUAUCACAACAACAUGACUUGAAGUUUUGAAAUUUGGUGUAUUUUGUGACGUCUAAUGGAGCCGGCCAACGUGGAAAGACUUCGCGUGCUCUUUCAGAGUGAUGAUUACAUCGUGGUGGACAAGCACUGGGACAUCCGCAUAGACAGCAAGAUGUGGUAUGAAAAAAACACGGUGCAGGCUCAACUUCGCUACCGCUUCCCUCAAUUGGCAGACCCCAACACGUACUAUGGAUUCAGGUUCUGUCAUCAGUUGGAUUUCUCGACAAGCGGCGCCUUAUGUGUGGCACUCAAUAAGGCUGCAGCUGGCCAGGCGUAUCGCUGUUUCAAGGAGCGGACUGUCACCAAGGCCUACCUUGCCCUGGUCCGUGGAUUGGUGGAAGAAGAGAUACAAACCCUUAAUUUCUCCAUUGGCAAGAAUACUUCAGAGGGAAAAACACAUAUGAUGUGUAUUGAGGGAACAGAUGGUUGUGAGAAUUCCAAACCAUGCCAGACUGCGCUGACAGUGUUGGAGUACGGCUUGUAUGAUGGUGAACCUGUCACCAAGGUGCUGUUGCAGCCUUUAACAGGCCGAACCCACCAGUUAAGGGUCCACUGCAGUGCAAUAGGCCACCCCAUCGUCGGGGACUUCACCUACAGUUCAGGAGCCGACAACGGCCCCUUCCGCAUGAUGCUUCACGCCCACCUCCUACACAUCCCCCUGGACCCCGGACCCUUACUCGUUUACGCAGGGGACCCCUUCCUGCCCUCGGUGGACCCAAAAUGGAUCCCGCAGCGCUCUUUACGACCCCUAAAAGACACCGUCGACGCCCUGCUGGAGCAAAGGAUGGAGGAGCAGAGACAAGUGAAGGUGAUGGAGAGGGAACGAGUGAGAAAGAAAGAAGAGAAGCGGUUGAAAAAAAACAGUAAAGUGGAGAGUGAUGAGCAGAGGCGACAGUGUGAGGAGUGGCUUCGAGAAUGGGAUGGAGACUCAUAGUCUGGUUAAUUAUGCAUUGAUUUUAUUUAUUCCAGUUCAUUUGGGAAACCAGUCAAGCAUGUAUUUUCCACACCCAAUACAAAUUCCCUAAAGAUACAAGACAAGGUUUCUAAGCAUGAUUAUAAAAGAGAACGUAUUGCCUUGCUCAUAAUAUACGUACAUAGGCCAAGUAUGUCUUUUUGUAUAUAUUGUAUGUUCACCGAAUAUUUUUAUCAUAUCCAAGUAAGACAUGAUUUAAUUAAAUAAUGUAAUUGUCAA